GCAUCUGUAGCCCCAGUAGAGGGAAAGGACGCGUCCCGUCCCCGCGAGCAGCGGGAGGAGGAGGAGAUCGUGAGAGUCUGUCCGCGCGUGGCUUGAUAGCAGCGAAGUCCUGUGGCCCGAGCCGAAGGCAUGAUGGGGACCUGCUGCCCACUGCCAUGAAGACAAGCCACUGCAGUCACCUGCCGGGAGUCCCACCGGAGCGCCUGCGCCUGACAGCCCCCGACAGCAAGACCCUGCCCGGUGCCGGCAGCGGCCCAGCCAGCAGCAGCCCCCAGUAUGUCAUGCAGGUGUCGGCCAAAGAUGGGCAGCUGCUCUCCUCCGUCGUGCGGACACUGGCCACGCAGAGCAGCCCCUUCAAUGACCGGCCGAUGUGCAGGAUCUGCCAUGAGGGCAGCAGUCAGGAAGACCUGCUUUCCCCCUGUGAAUGCACAGGCACCUUGGGGACUAUUCACCGCAGCUGCCUGGAGCACUGGCUGUCAUCUUCAAACACCAGCUACUGUGAACUCUGCCACUUCAGGUUUGCAGUGGAGCGCAAACCCAAGCCGUUGGUGGAGUGGCUGAGGAACCCAGGGCCCCAGCACGAGAAACGAACUCUCUUUGGAGACAUGGUGUGCUUCUUGUUUAUCACUCCACUGGCAACCAUCUCGGGCUGGUUGUGUCUACGAGGAGCAGUGGACCACCUGCACUUUAGUAGUAGGCUAGAAGCUGUUGGCCUCAUUGCACUGACUGUCGCACUCUUCACUAUUUACCUCUUUUGGACCCUAGUAUCCUUUAGGUAUCACUGUAGGCUGUACAACGAAUGGCGUCGGACCAAUCAGCAGGUCAUACUCCUAAUCCCAAAGUCUGCCAACGUCCCCUCCAACCAGCAGUCGCUGCUGGGCCUGCAGCCCCUCAAAAGGAACUCGAAGGAGACAAUCGUUUGAUUUGGGCAGUUCUGCACAGGGCCUAUGCACUAAAAGCAUUUUCCUCCUGCUCGCUGGGGUCGGACACCAUGGAGAACCCACAAGAGUGCUGUUCUGGUUUACGGGCUCUUUGCAGAGGAAUAAAUUGAAUUCAAAUCAUGGAUGCUGCAAUCAUAUGAUAUUUGCU